GCGAGCGUCUGUAUGCUGACUGGGGGAAGAGAACGGCCAGACACAAGAGGUCGAUCUUGCAGACAAGGGGGAGCCCCCCCCCUCGGGCUAACACCACAAGGAACUGUUGAGCAGUCUCCGAGCAGCAGCUUCUUCUUCUUUACGAAACGAUCCACUUCGUGUGGACGCAGAUUUAUCUGCGGCUUGGAGCCGCUGGCUCCGCUAGCAAUACAAUAAGGAGGCCGGCGGCAGCAGGCGGCACUACGAGAGACGGCUGGAGCUUGGGACGUCAACGCUAUAGACAGAGCGGCCGGGAGGCGUCCGUCUGCUAGCGCUGCAAACACAGAUCUUCAACUCGAAGACAAUGUUCGCUCUCCUGCGGCUGCAGGCUGCACUGCUGCCAUUGUUGGCAUCGUUCCAUACUGGUCACUGCCACUUUCAGUGCCCUCUGGAGUGCGUCGGAACGUUCGCCGUGCCCACCGACAGGGGCGUGAGGGUGAUCGGUGGCCCGGCCGCCAAGAAGGUGGGCAAAAUUAUAAAAGAUCUCACCGAGACUCGGCCGUCAUCGCCGCACGACGAGAUAACCAUCGAUGGGGAGAAAGUCCCUGUACCCUCGAAAGUCAAAUCCCAGAUGCGAAACGUGCUCAAUAAUUUUCCGGAGCUGUCAACCAUCUUUCUGGAUAUACUUCGGAAACCAGGACCGAAAUCAUUACCACACGGAAAGCAGCGAUUCUCAUCUCCGGAUUUGCAGGAAGAAGCCGUAACGCCUGGAAGUAACCUUCAGCAAACGACAGUACUAGACGCUCCUUUGUCUCGCCUCCCCGACCAGUUUCGCCCUUCACAGCCUCGACCUUUUACAAAACCAGUUGGUCCUGACACAAUGGGUCCUUUAGUCCCUGGACAACGCAAACCACAGAACAGUCCACAAGCUUCCGGAUCUCCUGAAUUUUUCUUUCCAAAACCGUUCAAUUCUGAAACUUCCCGGCCGUCAAAUGACCAACCUUCCAUGCCAGAAGGGCCCCUGGAUUCCGAAAAUUCCGGCGCUAAACGCUCAAAACCGCAAUUUGUCGGGCAACCAGAGGAGCAGAUUCCUAGUGAUACUGAAUCUUCUGAAUCUGUAGAAUUUGAACCGACCAGUCCAACUGAGAAACUUCCGCGUUCGAAAAAGACUGAGCCGAUUUUAAAUGGCGCCCAGAAACCGUCAUUACCUGAGACUUCUGAUCAAUCAAGCCCCGAAGAGUCGCUUCCUUCAGGCCCUCAAAAUGACUUUCCGUCAAAUUCUAAAAAAUUCAAGCCUCACGGCACUUCAGGGCCUGGAGAGAGUAUACCAGGAGAUAACGAAUCCUUCAGUCCAAGUGAAUCAGGCCCUCAGAAUGACUUUCCGUUCAGUUCUAAAACAUUGAAGCCGGACAGCUCUUCAGAGUUUGGAGAGAGUAUACCAGGAGAUAACGAACCCUUCAGCCAAAGUGAAUCAGGCCCUCAGAAUGACUUUCCAUUCAGUUCUAAAACAUCAAAGCCGGACAGCUCUUCAGAGCCUGAAGAGGGUAUACCAGGAGAUAACAAACCAUUCAGUUCAAGUGAAUCUGAAAAACCCAGCAACCCUGAUAACUUUAGUCCUGAAGGCUCCUCCGAGCCUUCCAGUUCAGGUGGUUUCAAUCCCCCCUUUUCCAAGGCAAAUCUCUUCCCUUCUCAUCCAGCCAGGAGUCCCGAUUCCAAAUUUUCGAAACCUUCAGGUUUCUUGCCUUCCAGUCAAUCGGAACGGCGACCAGAUCGUCCUAUCAAUGAACUUCCAACUCCUGAGGCAAACGAGAAAACUCCAGAAGUCAGCGUUCCAGAUCACGUUAAAGUUCCAUCUAAAGAUGAGCGUGUUCCUGGGGACGUCCGUUCAUACCUGAAGUAUCUGGAAGAUAAUCCUAGUUUAUUCGUGCCUGUUUACAAAAUACUAGUCAAUAAAGGAGUGAGAUUUCCAGACUUAAGAAGGCCAUUGGAUCAUGUCACUAUCAACGGAGAGCGGGUCAACCUUGCUAGGCCGGUCACCGUGGCCUUCCCUGUAAGAAUCAAUUACCGCACUUUCACCUUGCCGCGAGACGCCGACAAGCUUGCCACCUUCGCCUCUCAGCAUCCUGAGCAACUUCCCGCAAUAACAACAGCAAUUCGCCAGCUUGGUGGAACACUGACGCCCGAUAACAGAGGCAGGGUUUCGUCAUUCACGCUGUUUGACAAAAAAACUGAACUGCCGCACUCUGUUGCUCCGAGAAUCAUCGUAAACGGGCGUCCUUUCACACUUCCGAAUGACAUGGAAGAGCUGGUAAGAACCAUCGAAAAACGACCCCAGCUAUUUCACAACAUCCUGCCAAUUCUUGAGACAUUCGGCGCACGGCCUCAGAGAUCGCCUUCUGGAGAAAUAAGGUCAAUAGAAUUUCGAGGAAGGAACUUUCCCGUACGCUCUGUGACACCUGUUCCCGUCUUUAUCCGUGGAAGAAGGUACAACAUUCCUGCAGACCUUGAAAGGAUUUUGGCACAAUCAGACAGCCAGGUAGUAGGCGAACUCAUUAGUGCCCUCCAGAGAUCCAAGGUGCCGGUGGUCGUCGACAAUGAAACUGGAAACGUCGUGGGCAUCGAGAGGGAUGGCGUGCGUAUUCCUUUCCCGGUAGCCAUUCGCUUCCGAAUCAAGUUGGGAGGACGAGAAUACCUAAUACCACGCGAUCUUCCAUCCAUCGUUACGCAGCUGGAGCGACACGGCGUGCCCACCGACGUCCUCACCGUCCUCUACGAUAACUACGGAAUAAUCCCGGUUCGUGGUCCGAACCACGACGUCACCGCUAUUGAGUUCAACGGGAAGCGCUAUCCGAUCAAACCGCAACCUAAAACAAGUAUAGAAGUUGGAGGCCACCGCCUAAUGCUGCCAAGGGACAAUCAAAAACUUGUUCGCCUAAUCCAGGAACGCAAGAUACCGCUGAAUCAGUUUCUCCGCACGAUUCAGAAUUCAGGAUACAGGCUUGUGCCAGGACCCGACGGCGUGCUGCAGACGGCCCACAAAGGAUACGACGUCAUCAAACUUCCUGUGGGCAUUCGCAUGCUGUUCAGAAUCAACGGCGUCACGUACAGGAUACCGCAAGACCUUCCACGCAUCGUCAAACUGCUUCGCACCGUCAGAAAUGAAGCCGCUAUCGACAAGAUCCUGGACAACCUGAAAGCGUUCGGCGUUGACGUCCGCAAGGGACCCGGCCAAGCGACACUGAGCUUCAACGGCGAGAAGCAAACGUUUCCCUUGAAUCCGGAGCGUACAUUCCAUAGUCCAGGCACAGGUGGUAUACCGGGGUCAGUAGUAAGCGUCAACUUCAACGGCCGUUGGUACCAUCUUCCUAAGGACGCCAAGGACCUGGUAAGGGUCGUUCGCGCAAGCGGUCCUGAAGUCAUCGCUCUGCUCGUCAAGACUCUGCAGUCGAACGGCGUCAAAGUGAAUCUCACGCCGAGCGGCGACGAUAUCGUCUCUUUCGUAAUACAGGGUAGAGUAAUCCCGGUGCCUAGCAAUGGCGGCAAAAUUACCGACCAAAAGAAAGCACCUACAAGUUACGCCCAAGGUAGCGGUGACGACAGUUCAAAUAGGUUCCGCGUUGCCAUCCGCGGUCACCAGUUCGUGGUGCCUGACGACGUCGGCCGCCUGCCCAAGCUCCUGCCUGGCUUCCAGUACGGCGAACUCAUCACAGCGCUUCACCGAGCGGGUCACAAAAUGAAGGUGGAUGACCAGGGCAUGUUCUACGGCAUGCGCGUUCGCGGUGGCCGGCUGGUCAAGUUCCCGAUCAGAUUCAGCGUCAGUGUGUUCGCGGACAGAAAGGGAAGGCCGUACCGUGUGCCAAAAGAACUAGAACAGCUGGCACGGGUGCUGCCGUUGCGCCGUUGGAACUGGAACGCGGUGCGUAAGACUCUUGAAAACGCCGGUAUCGAGGUGAGUGGCGGAAACGGGGGCGCGCCACAAUUCAUCAGCUUCGAGGGGCGGGUCUUCAAGGUUGGUAAAAGCCACGACGGCGCAGGGUAUUGACAGGCAGGAAGCGCGACCAAAAAGGGAGCCGGGAGGGUGUGCCUCUUUCAGCACUUUCUCAUAAACAUCAUGUUACCAAACAUAAACCGAACGUCCUCACCUGCCACCGCGAGCUUUCACUUAACAGCCGGUCGUUUGAUAUCAAUAAACCGAUGUGUGAGCGUCAUGGAAAA